AUGGCCGACCCGAACGCCAUCGCCUCGCUUCCGCAGCCGCCCACGACCAGCGCUGCAGGCUUCGAAAAUGGCUCCGGCAGCCAUAUGCCCCCGCCGCCGCUUGCAGUCAACACCAGCAUGGCUGGCUUCAGCGUCGGUUCUCCGACCAGUGCUGGAGUGAGCCGCACUGCCCCAGAACCCAACAAGCGAGCGCUGUACGUUGGCGGCUUGGAUCCGCGUGUCACCGAGGACGUCCUAAAGCAGAUAUUCGAGACAACAGGGCAUGUGCAGAACGUGAAGAUCAUCCCGGACAAGAACUUCCAGUCAAAGGGGUUCAACUACGGAUUUGUUGAAUACGACGACCCAGGUGCCGCCGAGCGAGCCAUGCAGACGCUCAACGGACGCCGUGUGCAUCAGCAGGAAAUUCGUGUUAACUGGGCCUAUCAGUCCAACACCACUUCCAAAGAAGACACGUCCAAUCACUUCCACAUCUUCGUAGGCGAUCUCUCAAACGAAGUCAACGAUGAGGUGCUUCUGCAAGCGUUCUCUGCUUUUGGCACUGUCUCCGAAGCACGUGUCAUGUGGGACAUGAAGACCGGACGUUCGCGGGGCUAUGGCUUCGUGGCUUUCCGUGAUCGAUCGGAUGCAGAGAAGGCGCUCAGCUCUAUGGACGGCGAAUGGCUGGGAUCACGUGCAAUCCGCUGCAACUGGGCGAAUCAGAAGGGCCAGCCCUCUUUCUCUCAGCAGCAGGCCAUGGUCCAGAUGGGCAUGACUCCAACGACUCCCUAUGGUCACCACUCUUUCCCAACUCAGGGAGCGCAAUCGUACGAGAUGGUGGUUCAGCAGACGCCACAGUGGCAGACCACUUGCUACGUUGGUAACCUCACUCCUUACACCACUCAGAACGAUCUUGUGCCUCUGUUCCAAAACUUUGGCUAUGUCACGGAGACUCGCUUCCAGUCGGACCGUGGUUUUGCAUUCAUCAAGAUGGAUACUCACGAGAACGCGGCAAAUGCCAUCUGUCAGCUGAGCGGGUAUCAGGUGAAUGGCCGUCCGCUCAAAUGCAGCUGGGGUAAGGACCGUCCUCCCACCGGUCAAUUCGAUGGUUUCUCCCCAACUCAGGCGCCACCUUCGGCCUACCCGCAGACCCCGCAGGCCUUCUUCCCGCAAUAUGCUCAGCCWACUGCUAUGUCUCCACAAGCAGCGACUCCAGCCGGCCAAUUCCAACAACCGAGCCCGGGUGCAUGGCCCGCCAACAUGGCCCCACAGCCCAUGCAUCCUGGUCAGCCCGGAUGGCCAGCCCAGCAGAUGCCACCGCAGAGCGCGGGAGGCUACGGUGGUCAAACUCCUGGCGGCUACAUGCCACAGCCCACUGCACAGCCUCCCGCUCCUUUCGGCCGCGGCGGCUACGGUGGCUACCAGGGCUGA